UGGAUAUUUCUAUGUAUAUGUUCUCUUGAUGAAUCUGUAUAUAUAUUUGAAGUAUUUGUGUUAUUCAGGACUGAACAUGAUGCUGACCCCAAACAACCCAACCUCCAUCAACAACAAUCCAAACACCAAUCACCAUCUCUCGGACGACCAACAAUGCUUGGUGCGAGAACAAGACCAAUACAUGCCGAUGGCUAAUGUGAUACGAAUCAUGAAGCGCAUUUUACCCUCCCAUGCAAAAAUAUCCGACGACACCAAAGAGACCAUCCAAGAAUGUGUGUCGGAGUACAUUAGCUUCAUCACUAGCGAGGCGAACGAACGAUGCCAACGGGAGCAACGCAAGACGGUGACUGCAGAGGAUGUCCUUUGGGCUAUGGGGAAGUUAGGUUUCGACGACUACAUAGAACCGCUCACUGUUUUCCUUAACCGCUAUCGUGAGUCAGAGAGUGACCGAAUUCGCACUGAACCAAUGUGGAGGCGCAAUGUAGAUUAUGGGCCACAAGUGGGGAUGAUAUCACCGUACGGGCAGGGGUUUCAGAUAGGGCACGUCCCUGCAGGGAUGUUCGAUGCAAUGGGUGGAUACUAUGGUGGAGGAGGGAGCGGUGGGCCGAGUGCAGGGAACAACAGCCAGCUUUGA